CCACUCCAUCAUAUACUUUUCGGUCUCUUCUGCACCUGCCUUCAACUAUGUCUGCCUGGGCACCUUUAGUUUCUUUUCUGGGAUUUUGCAUACUCAGUGUCACAGCCCAACAACGAGUUUCUUAUGAAACCCAAGGUGCCAAACUUUUCAUUCCAGUUGGACGGCAAUUAAAUUCAGCAAUUCAACCUACAACCGAAAGAAAUGGAGAACCAUCAAAAUUUUAUAGAGUCCAAGAGGAGAAUGAAAUCCCAAGUCCAUAUGAAUUUGGAUUUUCAACGAAUGAUGGGAAUGGAACCACUCAACAUCGCCAAGAAAUUCGUUUAGAAAACGGAGACAUCAAAGGUAGCUAUGGAUAUCUCGAUCCUGUUGGUGUCUACAGAAAAGUAGAAUAUUACACAGAUGAAACUGGUUACCAUGCUAAAGUAACUUCCAACGAACCAGGACUUUCCAACAAAAACAGUGCCAACACGAUUUUCGUUGUAAAAAAUCCACCUGCAGCUGCCAUUGUCUCUGAACAACAAAGACGUCCUGUUAUUUUGGUUCCAGCAAGAGCAGUAGUAUGAUUCAAACAAACCUUCAAAAUUCUUACC